AUGAGUGAAUAUUUGGAUGUUGAUGUGGAUACCCUAUCCUAUUUUGAGUUGAAAGAUUAUAUUAAAGAAUUAGGAUACAACUCAAGUUAUAAAUUUAGUAUUCGGCCACCUAACUGUGGUAUUUUAGGAGAUAUUAAAAAUGACAGGGCUUUUUUAGCAAUUGGUAAGUCUUUACAACAUGAGGCUGUUUUGGAAGUAUAUGUGCACAUGCCUGAGGAGGAAUCUUAUUCAGCUUUUAAUAAAGGGGUUGCUUUUAAUGAUCCAAUUGCUGAUCCAGCAUACACAACAGCUGCUCUUUCAGAUCCAGAAUCUUCUCCAGCUGAAGAUUACUCAAGUGAAAAUGGAUAUGAUGAAUCAACUGAAGAUAGUGCUGAUUCUGAUGAAAAUGACUUCUUUGGGGGGGGGGGGGAUGAUUACGACAGUGAUGUAAAUGAGGAGUACAUAGAGAUUAGGAAGAAAAGUAGGUCAUUUCAAAGGAGAAAAAGAAAGGAGAAAGCUGCUGUUGAUACUAAAGAUGUACCAUGUGGUGAUGCAGGGCCAGAUAUUGGUUUUGAUGAGACUGAAAUUGGUAAAAAAAGCGUAGAAGGCAGGCUAGGUGGUGGUGAACCAUAUUAUCCUAGUUCUGAUGCUUGUAACUUUGAAACUGAUGAAGAUGAAUACUGGACUGAAGAUGGGAAAGACAAGAAGUUGGGUAUAAUCUUUGAGAGUGUUGAUGACUUUAGAGAUGCAGUAACUAGGUAUGCACUACAAAAAAGAGUUCUGAUUGAAAAUCAUAUAAAUGAGCCAACUAGAUUCAAGUGUGAGAGGGCCUCUAGAAAUUAUUUGUGCAAUUCUAAAUUCUUGGCCAAGGUCUUCAAAGAUAGAAUAACUGAACAACCAAACAUAAGAGUCUUCAAGUUGCAAGAAUUAAUAAGGAAGAAAUUCAAAGUUCAUGUUGGUAAGACCACAGCCAGGAGAGCAAGAGCUAAAGUACUGCAGCAAAUAAUGGGUGAUCAUAAAGUGGAGUUUGGUAGAAUUCUUGAUUACAUGGAUGAGUUGUUAAGGACUAACCCUGGGAGCACUUGUGUUGUGAAGCUUGGUGAACUGGAUGAACUUGGUAGGCCAGUGUUUGGUGUAAGUAGGGGGCAACUACUAGUUGCUGUGGCUAAGGAUGGUAAUAACCAAAUGCUUCCACUUGCUUGGGCUAUAGUUGAAUAUGAGAAGAAAAGUACAUGGUCAUGGUGCUUAACUUUGCUGAAGAAAGACUUGGGAUUGGGUGAUGGCACAGGCUUCACUAUGAUCAUUGACAUGCAAAAGGGAUUGGUUCAGCAAUUAAGGAAUUCUUUCCAGCUUGUGAACAAAGGAUGUGUGCGAGGCAUAUCUUAG